UCCAUCUCUCGCGAUAUCUUGUGACGCGUGGACGGGAUCUCUCUUUUCCGUAGAGCUUCUGACAAGAUGGCGGACGUUGAGCAGAAGAAGAAAAGGACCUUCAGGAAAUUCACCUACCGUGGGGUGGACUUGGACCAGUUGCUUGAUAUGUCAUAUGAGCAGAUCAUGCAGCUGUACUGUGCCCGUCAGCGUCGCCGUCUAAACAGAGGACUCCGCCGCAAGCAAAACUCUCUUCUUAAACGUCUGCGAAAGGCGAAAAAGGAAGCUCCUCCCAUGGAGAAACCAGAUGUUAUCAAGACUCAUUUAAGAGAUAUGAUCAUCCUUCCAGAGAUGGUGGGCAGCAUGGUAGGCGUUUACAAUGGUAAAGCCUUCAACCAGGUGGAAAUAAAGCCUGAAAUGAUUGGCCAUUACUUGGGUGAGUUUUCCAUCACUUACAAGCCUGUGAAACACGGUCGACCUGGUAUUGGUGCCACUCACUCUUCUCGGUUCAUUCCUCUGAAGUAAUAUGCUUGUGAUGUAAAUAAAGGAAUAUUUCCAGUA